AUGCUGGGCGUUAAACGGACGGACAGGAUCCUGAAAAGCGUCAUCCUCAACAUAGUCAAAGCCAAACCACUCAUCAACGAGGUGCACCGUAAGCAGUCUGGUCCAGUGAUUACUCAGCCUGCAGCUAUAGAUCUUCGCAUUGUGGAUGGCCGUUACCCUAACGAAGGUCGGGUGGAAGUCCGUUUACCUGGCCACGAAACAUGGGGUUCAUACUGCUCCGUCGGUGCCAUUCUGAACUCCAGCUUCCUGCACGCUCCGGGCCGCGUGCUGUGUCGCCAACUGGGUUAUCCCGCCCUGUACGCGAUCAGCAACACGGCACAGUUUGGCACGGCCACUGGUCCGAUAUGGCUGCAGGGAAUCGACUGUGGUUCCGUUGUCCAACCCCUGGAGGAAUGCACUCUCGAGCAGUGGACUCCGAGAUACGACGGGUGCGAUCAUAGACACGACGUUGGGAUCAAGUGUUUCACGGGUGAUAUUCGCUUGGUUGGUGGGAGGGCAGAGAACGACGGCAUAGUAAUGCUUCAUCUUGGAGGCAACGAAUUAGUUCCCCUCGUAUACGAUGGAGUCGCCAUGCCAUUCAAGGAUCUUGACUUUGUCUCCGACUUCAUCUGUAGACACCUGGGCUUUCCAUAUGCAGUAGGACGUACAAAGAAGGAGGUGCACGAUGCAAGUCAGCCGAUCAUAUGCGAGUAUCACUUCUCCACCCUGGAAAGAUCAUACCAGUGUAAAGAGUUCUUCGAAUGCAUUGAUGAGAGGAUGAGGAUGUGUUCAGGUGAAGAGAAACGGUCAAAAUCCCUGCUUGGAGUAGUCUGUGCAAGAGAGCAUGAAGUGCUGCCGCCAACUGCAACUCCGGAGUUUCGGUUAACGCCACCUGACUCUCGUUGGAAUGGAUCACGGCACGUUGGGUUUCUGGAGGGCCGCUACAAUAGCUCAGACUGGAAGACAGUUUGCUUUCAUUUCCUUCCACUCUGUACAUUUUCUGGUAUCAACACUGAGUUUAACCAAGUCUGCCGGGACCGUGGCUACGCCAGGGCUGCGAAUCGGCUAUAUAUACCGUACUUGGAGUCUGGAUACAACAGCACCGGAGAUGAUCUCAUCCUAAGACGUGCAAUUUUCAAGAAGCGAUGGAUGUACGGGCAAAACUCUUGCCGCGACCAUAAUUAUUCCCUAGUUUUCAUUGAAUGCGAUCAAGGUGUGACUAUCUAUGGUUUGACGGUGUACCCUUGUCCAAAACAAUCAUGCCUUGGACGAUGCGGGAGCCCUGCAACUGAGACACAGUGUGGUUGUGAUGUGUUGUGUACGCUGUGCAACGAUUGCUGUCAUGAUUACUCCACGCGGUGUCACUUGCAGCAACAAAAUGUCACGGAUGAAUUCUUGCUGGUCGCAUCGUUACACGACUUCUUGUCAUGUGUCAUUGUCGAUGACGAACGCGCGGUGCUCGUGCAGGGAUGUCCUACAGAUUGGCCGGAUGAUGAGGUUGAGUUACGUCAAAAUAAUUCCAUGUCAGAGCAGGUGAAAUACGGAGGAUUCUUUCAUGAUGUAUAUUGCGUGAUAUGUUAUUACAACGAGUCCCGCGUCAUCACCACGAAGCUUUCUUGGCAUGAAAACACAAUCCACGAAACGGACAAUGAUUUUAGCUCUUACAGUAGUAGUUCAUCCGAAUACGAAGCAGAAAAUGCAGAAAGCUAUGAUCUUGGAAUUGACAACUGCAGUGUGCACAAUGUAAGUUUGGAGAUCCAGACUGGAUGCCGCGCAUACUCGGCGAUGGUAGUCGCAUCGAAUGGGCGAGUAUACAAGAAUCCGCAUUGCGCAUUUUGUAAUGGGGUGAACUUUUCCGGGUGGGACUCUGAUUGUUCGCCCUUCUCUGCGAGGUGUACUUUAUUGAAACCUGUGGGUUUGCUUCUUGGCAGACAAGAUUUUGUUUGGGUUCAUGAAAACUCUACAUAUUUUGUUUUACUGAGUGAUGUACAUUGCUUCAACAAGCAGUACGUGAUACGCGUCAAAUCAUCUGUCAACUUGCAUGCUGCUGAGGUGAUGGCCAUGAAUCAGUCCCAGACAUCGGGAAUGAUGCAGUGUUACCUUAUCGUCCUUAGCCAGCAGAAUGUCCAAUCAACAUGGCCGUUUUAUGUAGCAUUCAUUGAGGGUAAGAGGGUUUCCUUGUGGGAAGAUGACACCUCUGAAGUGACCACGUGGGAUUUCGGUAACGUUACUGAUUUUGAGGCCUUGCUUGAUGAUAGCGUGUUACCAUAUCACGAUGAAGGCAGUUCUAACAAGUGGGUUGUAAGGUGCGGAGUCGCCCAGGUGGAAUUCGAUGAAAUUUGCGGCUUGGUCGACGAUCACAUUGAGCCCUGCGAGGUUUCUUUGUAUAUUACCGAUGAGGAGAUGUUAAAAGCCUUUAAUUUCAGUGGCAUCCAGGUUGUUUAUGUGGGUGGAGGGCUUCUUGUUGAGGCAAAGUGGGUGUCCUACACUCGGUCCUAUCAAUACCACCCAAAGGUCCAGAAUACCUCGGCUAAAAGCACCACUGUAAAAGUGUGUGGUAAACCUUUCUUGAAUGAGGAGUGCCGGACGCCUGUUAUUCAGAAGACGAAGCUGAUGAGCUCAGGUGGUCAAUCAGUGGUACAAUACCAGAGGAAAUUAUUCUUAGAAGACCGUGUCGUGUACUUACCAGACGAUCGGAUCCUUAUCUGUUCCAGCAUCUUCACAACCGUAGACCCACUGAGCGUGGUGAGUUACGUGUCUUACAGCGUAUCGACGGUUGCCCUUGUUGCAACUUUUACUACUUACUGUGUAUUCCCAGCCCUGCGGAAUGUGCCGGGUCGAGCCAUUAUGGGGCUGACUGCUGCUUUGUCUACGGCUCAGCUGCUGGCGCUUAUACUUGUGGUUACGAGAAUCACCGACCCAGCGGUAUUCUGUGUGAUCGUAGCUGCACUGUUGCACCACCUUUGGCUGUCCACUUUCGCCUGGAUGAACGUUCUCUCCUUCGACCUUCUGAAAACCUUCUCAGCUAAGCAGACCGUCCGCCGAAACAAGCGCAUCUUCUUAGUCUACAGUGCUUACGGAUGGGGCAUCCCUCUCCUUAUUGUCGCCACAUGCCUUGCGAUUCACUUCAUCUGGGGCCAGCAACUCGAUUUUCAAUACGGGGCGGGGCCGGGGGAAGAUACCUGCUGGCUUUCGGGACAGUACGCCAUUGUAGGCGCCUUUGUUGCUCCCAUUGCAUGCAGCCUGGUCGCUAAUGUCGUCAUGUUUGGUUGGACGGUGCGUAACGUGCAUGCAUCAGUUGUUGCCGGAGCUAUGGUUCGUGCUGACAAAUCCAAAACCAAGGAGCUGGUCAGAGAACUACAGAUCUAUUUCAAAAUUUCUGCUGUCAUGGGGUUCACGUGGGUAUUCGGUUGCCUUGCCAACCGCAUCAACCACGUGGUCCUCUGGUACCUCUUCGUCAUCCUAAACUCUCUGCAGGGGGUCUUCAUCUUUCUCUCCUUCGGCUGGAACCGCCGCAUCCGGGCUCUCUGGAGGGAGAAGCUGGCCGCUAAGCAACCACGCGGGGCCUCCGACGCCAAUAAGAGCAAAACUCAGACCACGCCUGUGGUGUCCAAGCAAAGUAGUUCAAAUAUAUAAAUGCUACAUUUGAUUGAUUAAAGUUUAGAAGUUGACUUCGCCGCUAACAUGCGAUACACAACUAGUGGGUCAUAAGCCACGUACACGCGGUCAUUAGCGUGCUGGCAUGCACUUAUACCGUCUUCAAUGACGCAUCUAUAUUUCACACACAAAACUAUUCAUUUUGUGCAAACGCUCUUUUAAAAUUUCGCUUUUAAUCCUUGAAAGUAUAAUUGGGCAAACUGGGGCUGGAUUGGGGCCCAAUUUUGCGCAACUGGUUCCCAUUUGGGAAAUGCACCCGGGUAUUCGAUUGGGGCCCAACUGGGCAAUCUUGGCAAAAUUGGGAUUUAGUUGGGCAUACACACUGAAUCAGUUUAUUGCAUACACAUUUUUAUUUUAAACUAUUUUACUUUAUAAAAUACUCAAUUUAACACAUACACUUUCUCAAUUUCAACUAUACACGUUGGCAAGAAACGUUAAGUUGAGAUUUCUACCAUACUGCACGGAACAAUCACUUACAACAAAUCCCGCAGCUGAUGGAAGUGUGCAGUAACCAUGAUUACCACGUGCAUUAAAUUUGGCAAACACAUGUAGCUCUGAAUUCAUAGCUGUAAUGAAUACGUCAUCGUCGUCGCCGUGGAGAUAUCAGAAAAAAAUCAUGAAUACUAGAAAAGACCCACAAACGAAUGAACAGUGCUUCCAUUAAGCAGUUUCACGAGAUGUAUGUGCCAUCUUGUUCGCGGGGGCAAAACAAACACUCUUUGCUAGAUGAUGAGGGCGCAUUUUUGAAUGAUGACUUGUACAUAAUGCCUAGGUCCAUAAAACAAAAUGUAAACCCGGAAACAUUCCUCCAUUGACACUUGCCUGUUCAUUGUUCAAACAGUACAGCAAUCGGGCUUAUCCAUGAUCUUCAAGAGUCUCCUCAAGUUCCCCGGCACCUGCAAAUUCUCCUGAGUUUUCUCUCGCUGUGGUCCCUCGAUCCAGUGAAUCCGCCUGUGUUGAUAGAUUUGUUGAGGGCAUUUGCAUGUUCGUUGGUCUUUCAAUCCAUUCUGCAUAAAAAAA